AAAAGUUUGUGCCUCUCUCUCUCCCUCUCUCCCUUUCUCUCUCCCUCUCUCUCCUCCCCGCUGUCAGGUGACUUUUUAGAAUUAGAAGCUAAUGAGCGUGGAUGCUUUGGGGAGCCCAGUGAUGGACCCUGCUGCACUCUCCAAACGGAACACGGCGCUGAGAUUAGUAGACUUGGCAGGGGCUCAUCACCACCACCACCAUCAUCAUCAUCACCCCCCUCAGAGCAUGACAGGCUUCCCGGGCUUCGCCGGGCAUCCCCACGCCAUGGCUCCCACGCACCCUGGGGAGUACGCCGCGGAAUCGCGCCUAGGGCCGAGUCCAUUCCGGUCAGAGCACAUGGGGCACCAUCACCACCGCCAUCAUCCUCCUCAUCAUCAUCAUCACCCCGCGGCCCUUAAGCUCAGCCCUGCCCCUCAUCCUCAUCCCCACCACCAGCACCACCACCACCACCACCAUCGUCCUCUGGCAGGCCAAGCUGAGGUGGUCUCUAGUCAAACAGGAGCAUUUGGCCCGGCGCAGUCAACAACAGUCCCUUACCCAGUUUCUCACACAGCCCAGGCUAUUCCAGCAGGUAGGGACUUUUUUAUACGCAGAGAUCUGACAGCCCCAGUCAUGCCAGGGCUAACUGAGCAGCACACUGCUACAAGUUCUCACCACGGACUGUUUGUCUCAACAACAGGUAGCUACCCCGGACACCAUGGUCACCACCACUCAGAAGCUGGGAAUCAUUCUCUGUUCACUGGACUCCAUGAGCAGCCUCCCCAUGCAGCUCCAGGUGGCCAUCUAAACGGACAGAUAAGACUGGGGUUACCUGGAGAAAUGUACGCCAGGUCUGAACAUUUCACUCAAGUACCAGCCUCCAGAACAGAUCCUUUUGCUGCUUCUUCGCUUCAUAGCUACGGUGGCAUGAAUCUGAACGUGAAUUUGGCUCCACAUCACGGCCCCGGCGCCUUCUUCCGUUACAUGAGGCAGCCCAUCAAACAGGAACUCAUCUGUAAGUGGAUUGAGUUGGACCAGACUCCCAAAAAAUUAUGCUCGAAAACUUUCAGCACGAUGCACGAGCUGGUGACUCAUGUCACCGUGGAGCACGUUGGAGGACCCGAGCAGUCCAAUCACAUCUGUUUCUGGGAAGAGUGUCCGCGAGAGGGGAAGCCUUUCAAGGCCAAAUAUAAACUUGUAAAUCACAUCCGAGUCCACACAGGUGAAAAGCCCUUCCCUUGCCCGUUCCCAGGCUGUGGGAAAGUGUUUGCCAGAUCAGAGAACCUCAAAAUACACAAAAGAACUCACACAGGGGAAAAGCCAUUCAAAUGUGAAUUCGAGGGCUGUGACAGACGCUUCGCCAACAGCAGUGACAGGAAGAAGCACUCUCACGUGCACACCAGCGACAAACCGUACAACUGCAAAGUGAGAGGCUGUGACAAGUCCUACACGCACCCCAGCUCCCUGAGGAAGCACAUGAAAGUGCACUGCAAGUCCCCUCCGCCGAGCUCGGGCUACGAGUCCUCCACCCCGUCCCUCGUGUCUCCCUCCUCGGACUCCGGCCGGGAGCCGCCCGCCUCCUGUUCGCACGCCGAGCCCGCGGCGUCCUCGCAAAGCGCCGCGAACCUGAGCGAAUGAUGUCUACCUCGGUGCUCUCAAGGUAAUCUAGACAGACGCAGCUGAAAGCCUGAUUCUUAUGCCUUAGACAUCAAAGAAAGCUCGCACAAAGAAGUAUUUCUUCGCAACGGUGAAUCUUCAUGGUAAGUUAGGAUUUCUAUGGCAAUAGGCAAGUCAUACUUAAAUAGUGAAAGGCGAAGUCUGGAGCCCGUCCAGUCUUUUCAUCAAGGACAUAAUAUUUACGUCUAACAGGCCCUUUUUCUUGUGUAUACAAGUAUAUAUUUUUGUUUGACGCGAACUAAAUCAUUUUCAUUUAAUUUCCGGUAAACAAAACCCACGCGAAUAGGCACUUGUUCCAGAUCAUAAUCAAAAUGGAUAAGAAUGGCAGGAAGAAAAGGCCCGCCUGAACCGGCGCGUCAGCUCACUUUUGUUUCUGCUCUCUGCCGUGAUCAGAGAAUGCGUUUGGGAUUUGAUGGCGAGUUUCUAAAGGCAAGGAAAUGGUUUUUAAGGGGGAAAAGAAAAGGAGAAAGGUCUAAUCAAGCUUGGGUUGUUCAAAGGGUCUGAUUUUGGGGUUGAAAGUGUGAGUUUUAUGGUGCAUCAACAUGCCACGUUAGGAUCGCUAUGGUAAUGAGCAGGGCAAUAGCAAGCGGCCUUCAAAGGAGGCACACUCCAUUUGAGACAGUCUAUUAAGAUACAUUUGCACUGACCUUUGGUUUCAUGCUAGCUUAAUACAGUCAAUCUGCUCUUCGUCAGAGAUAUACAUCCUCCCCCUCCUACACUUUCACAAAGGUUUUGUUUGCCUUCACCCUAAGGUGGGCUUUGCUCUGGCACUCUUGCCUUGCGAUUCUUCCCCCAAAGGAGGGGCUUCUCGCUACGCACCCGUCCAUCCUCGAGGUUAGCACCAAGUCCCCUCCUAACUGGGGCAGACUCCGAAGGGUGAGACGCCCCGAAUCGAUAGUGCCCACGAAGGAUUUCUCCCCCUCCCUCACACAUGAGAAGUUAGGAAAUUAAAGGGACACUGGGGCUUUCUCAGCCUAAUAGACUGGGGGCAUUGAAGAGUCAGCUUAUGGCACCCUUCAAAACAAACAGGGAAGAGAUCGGUGGCAAAAGUCCCCUCCCCUCUCGACAGGGGCAGGUUUGGAAAGUGGUAAGCGCCUGGAGGGAGGAAGAACUUGACACCCGGCUGGCCGAGGCCAUGGGCGCUGGGUGAUGGUCCAGGAAAGUUAGAAGUCCACGUUGCAGUAAUUGUCUUGUUGUUUAUUUUAUCCAAGUACCCCAGUGAAUAGGGGAAAAAUAAACACGGGGAAAAAAUUUCAAACAGUUGAGUCGUCUUUAGUGCCAGCCCUUGUGGCUGAAUAAAAAGGAUGGUCCAAUUUCUAUUGAGCUGAGAAAUCUUUGAAGUGGGAGUUAUUAUCUAAGAAAUUCCUGCUUGUCGUCCUAACAACGCUGAUGAAACGUAAAAGGGUCUUUGUCAGCGAUUUGUUCUCCUCUCUGUCAAACUCACCCUGCCCGUUAGCUCGAGACCGUUUCUAAAGAGAUAAAAUCAAACUUUUAAAAGGUAACUUCAGGGGCUCGAAGGAGACAGAAACUGCCAAAAAAGCCAGUGCUCCGUGUAGCCUCCAUAUGCCAGUGCAUGUGUCCGCGUGGAGCCCCGUGCGGGCCGGCGGAGCCGGGCUCCUCUCUGCUCCGCGGGCUGAAACACUCUCCACUUCUGCAUUUUAUCUUCUGAACUUUUCUGUCCAAUAAAUUUCUCCUCCCUGUUUGCUGCCCCGACUCCAAUCCUGGUGAAAAAAGCUGCAAUGGAGGGUUGCAUUAGCACCCGUCUGUAACCAACACAUGUUUUCUUUCCUGUAUAAUGGAUACACUUCAGAGAAAAGGCUUUGAUAAUUUUAACAUUCGGAUACCUAUUAAGCAUGUAUAUACUGCAAUGUACUGACAUUGUUACGCAUUCAAGGAGAUGGCUUCCAUAUGUUUCCAUGUUUUAUUGUCAAUGAGUGUGAAGAUAGUCAAAUUGCAUCUCUGUGUAUCUUCAUUUUAUAAACAUUACAGUGUGCAGUUAAACGGUGCCCUAAUGAAGGCUUAUGUAGGAGUUUUACAUAUGAGAUCAUUAAAUGCUAUGUUUGUAAAAAGAAUCCCCUGAAGUUGUAACUCAUCAGUGUACUUUUAUUUUAGUUGCCCUACAAGGCUUUGAAAGCCCACGCCUGCUCUUCUUCUCGGGCCCAUUGAUUUAAAUGGGAGUUUGCCUGAGAAAACACUGAGUCAAACUGCAGGGAAUUGGGUGCUUGGUUAUUAAUUCAAGAUCCUGUCUCUUGGCAUAUUUCUAGAAGAAUAAAAUGUUCUCAAUGAUUGUGAGUAUUCCAGCACAAAUGCAUCUUCAAAAGUCACUCGAUAAAAGGGUUAAAAAUGUUGGAAUAUUGUAUCUCUUUCCAGACGUCUUCUAAUCCAUGGUUUUCUCCAUCGCACAGUUAUG